GCUCGCUGCUACUAAUUUUGAUUUAGUCAUUGUUCCCCAUCGUUAAUAUUUCCGCUCCGUUCACUUUGCUGGAGAUUCAUGAUGUUAUUAUAUAAUUUUGCAGUGGAAGGAUAUCUACUGCCUUCUGAGGUCUUCACUUGCAACACAAUUGUUGAGCUGAAACUCAAUUGCAAGAUACUCGUUGAUCCUCAUACUCUCGGUUAUCUUGUUAUUGAUGAUAUCCCUGAGAAUGCUUUCCUUCCGGGGCUUGAGUCUCUCUAUCUCAAAUCAAUUCGGUUCUCUGAUCUACGCGGAUGUGCUUUCCAAACGCUUCUUUCUGCUUGUCCUGUGCUUAAGACAUUAACCAUACAUGAUGUGGAGUGGGAACAUUGGAAAUGGUCUCGCACUGUAUCAAGUCCAACCCUUCAGAGGCUUAUUAUUCAACGUUCAGAAUACGAUGGUUUUAGUGGGCCUGCAAGAUACCUAGACGAAGAUGAUCCUAUUACAAGCAAUCCAACUAAUCUGAUUAAGGGGUUAAGAAAUGUUGAGAUCUUGCAUUUAUCAUCUAUUGGAACUGCUCAGGGUCCAUUGCACUAUGAUGAUGAUGAUGAUGAUGAUGAUGAUGAUGAUGAUGAUGAUGAUGAUGAUGAUGAAGAAGAAGAAGAAGAACCUGAAUACUAUUGCGAGUGUUCGUCGGGAUGUAAUUGUCUAUUGUCAUGUCCUGUGGAAGUCCUGGAGAUCUCCAAGUACAUGGGAACUACCAAAGAACUGGAGAGAGUGAAGCAUUUCUUAGUGAAGCUGUCAUGUCUUGAGCAUGUGAAACUUGGUGUUCUGUCAAGAGGCGGCGACAAGGAAAAAUUGAGAAUCACCACUGAUCUGCUAAUGCUUCCUAGAGCUUCGGUCAAUUGCAAGAUCCAGAUCAAGUUUUCUAAAAACUACUACUAACCAUCCACGAGGAACAAACUUUGGUCCUCCUAGUUGCAUAAGUCUGCUUGUAAACACUCUUGCUGGUUUAUUACUUUGUUGGAGUUUACUUGUUAUCUUAGUCUGAUCUUCUUUCUAAGACUUGUUUUGAUUUUGCUUUAAUGGGUUUUCUUAUGAUCUUACUCCAAAAUGACAAUUUAUCACCCAUGAACAAAUCUAAAAGUAGAAU